AACGCUCAGUUGGAUCGCGUCACAGCUGAUCUAAACAAGAUGGCGGAUGCACCUGCCAAAUAUGUUGGAAAGAAAACAUUAGGUUGGAUUCUGUAAGUAUUAAAAGGUGAAUGAAACGGAGUGAUAUUUAUUUAUUUUUAAUUAAAUAAAUAAUGUGGGCGGAGGAGACGCAGUCGGAUAGUGAGGCUGUUGUGACCGGUGCCGGUGAGCGCUGGGCUCCGGUGGGCGCCGUCGCUAAUCCCGAGGAUGAGCGCAGUCAGAGUCCGGAGGGACACGGAGCCCCGGCUGGAGAGGCGGAAAUGGCGACGCGCUUGCGGCGGCUGGAGGACGAGCACGAGCAGCUGCACUCGUCCCUGCUGGCCCUCACGUCGCACUUCGCCCAGGUACAGUUCCGCCUCAAGCAGAUCGUCCACGGCCAAAGCGAGGAGCAGGACAAGGAGAAGAUGCUGAAGGAGCUGGAGGAGUUCGCCUUCAGAGGAUGUCCUCAUGUCCUGGGCUGUCGCGCGCAGCAUCCGCUCGAGAACUCGAGUGAGAGGGAAAAGAGGGAGCGCCUGGAGGCUCAGAGAGAAAAGCAGAAGGAGCUGAUUGUCCAGCUGAAGACGCAGUUGGACGAUCUGGAGCGUUUCGCCUAUCAGGAGGGCAGCUAUGACUCACUCCCCCAGUCUGUCGUCAUGGAGAGGCAGAAGGUGAUCAUCGACGAGCUGAUUAAGAAGCUGGACGUGAACCUGAACGAGGACAUCGGGAACCUGACGCCCGAGGAACUGAGACAGCGCGUAGACGCCGCCAUCGCACAGAUCGUCAACCCCGUGCGUGUCAAAGAGCAGCUGGUGGAACAGCUCAAAACCCAGAUCAGAGAUUUGGAGAUGUUUAUUAACUUCAUACAAGAUGAAGUGGGGAACCCGCUCCUGUCAGACAGAGCCAACAGCCAGCAGAGCCGAUCCUCUGGACCCACACCUCGAGGACCGGGCGGCGUGAAGCAAGUGGACCCUGAGCGUGCCGAGCAGCUGCGUGCCAGCGGGUUGCGUCUGGUCCAGCGUGCUUUAGCCGUGCUGCAGAUCUUCGCUCUGAGUCAGCUGGGCUGUUCAGCAGGCACCAUGGCGCCGAAGGCGUGGCCCCAGGCCGAUGGAGCUCCUGAUUACGGCCCCCUGUUGAACAAACUCGAGGGAGCCAUAGAGUGCGUACGCCUCCUCGCCUCUCGCCUCCAACCUGCAGGUCAGGAUGAGCCCGUGGUGAGCUACACUUCCUCGUCGACACCCCUGGCUGCCCCUUCAGGACCUCGACACGAGCUCAUAGUCGCUGUGAGGAAAGAUCUAUCCCUGGCAUUACGCGACCUCCUCGCUCAUGGCCUUUACGCUCCAUCCGAAGGCAUGAGCCUGGUUCUUGCGCCUAUUUCCUGCCUCCUGCCGUUCUCUGGAUCCUCGCAGCAGGACUCCCUGCACCCCUGGGAGCUCUUCGUUAAGUAUUAUCACGCCAAAAAUGGCCCUGCUUUCGCAGAAUCGCCCGCUCGCCAGCUGUCGCAGUCCUUCAGCCUGCCUGUAGGAGGAACCUCGGCGGUCGUGACUCCGAAAAACUCGCUCCUGUGGGCGGUGCACAGUGUACUGAGGGAGCACGGGCGCUACAAACGCAGUGCAGACUCAGAGUUUAAGGCGCUGGUGUGUAUGGCGCUAAACGAGCAGAGGCUGGUGUCCUGGGUCAACCUGCUGUGCAAGGCGGGGACUCUCAUCCAUGCUCACUACCAGCCCUGGAGCUACAUGGCACAGACCGGCUUUGAGGGGGCGCUAAGGAUUCUCGGACGUCUCAGCCACCUGAAAUUUGAUCUGCCGGUCGAUCUGGCUGUACGACAGCUGAAAAACAUCCAGGACGCGUUCUGAGUCCAUCAACGUCCGCUUAUUUCAAAGAGGAAGAGAACAGAGCUGAGUCCAAAUGUCUGAUCUUAAAAUCAAGAUCCUAGGUUUACUUUUAAUCAUUUCAAUAAGAUAUUAAAGGUGCAUUUGUAAAGUCCAAAAGGCCUGGAAACAAUCACAUCAUUUUUGAAAUGUAACUCACUACUAAAUAAGUACAUUUAUCUCAGUAGAUUUGUGAAUAAGCUCCGCCCCCAGUCUGAAAAAAAAAAAACAGAGCUGCUCAGCACUUUUUCCUUAAAAAGUGACCCAUGAGGCAUAUUGCAAAAUCAGGUGGUAGGAGGGGUCAGGGGCGGAGUCAGUUUGCCAUAAAUCAGAAAUUGUUGAAAAAGUGUUCUAAAUAUUACAAACUGCUCCUUUAAAACUUUUACCCAAAUAAGAAAUCAUAAUA